CCUAUGACACCUUCCUGGGUGGGCAUUAAAAGUGAGCUUUCGAAAUGACCUCGUAUCGGCCAAACUUUGAGAUCUCGAACGACGAGCAAUAACGUUACUUGAUUACAACCGAUCGGGAGAACGCAUCUUGUAAAAGACGCCCCCCCUAAACAGACGAGACCCACCGCGACGCCGCUAAAAUGAGCAAAGGGGGGAGAGUCCCAGACGUCUGGGAGGACGACGACUGGGAGGUCCUGGCCGACCGCGCAGCAAAGGAGGAACCACCAAAGCCUGAGCCUCAAGCACCCAUGACACGCGCCGAGCGGCUGGCAAAACACGCCGAAGAACAGCGCAGGUUAUGGCAGUCAGCAGAGGCUCCGGAUGAUCCGCCGUUCCUACCAACCAUGGCCGACCAAGUUCCUCUCACGAUGCCCUUCAAAACGCCAAUCAAGGUUCUCAGCCGCAAGCCCGCACCGCAGGUCCUCGCCAAGCGCGAUCCGGUCACCGGCCUCGAGCAAUUGACGCUGAAAGAGGAUGAAGACGACGAAGGCGAGGAGAAGAAGCAGCAGCAGCCGCAAGAAUCGCCCGAAGAGAUCCGCAAGCGGCAGCAGCGUGAACUCGAAGAGAAGCAGAGGCGGUACGAGGAGGCGCGAGCCAAGAUCUUUGGUGAUUCGAAUCCCUCGUCCGGCCAGUCCUCGCCCCGCACCGGUACCCCGCCAUCGGGGGGAGGGGAAGGUCGGCAGGGCCACCGCGGACGAGGUCGUGGCAGGGGUGGCCGUGGCCGUGACCAGGAUAACUCGCGACAGGAUAGGAGGCAACAAAACAACCAGCGGCAGAACAACCAGCAACAGAACAACCAGCAGCCGGGGCCCACUAGGGAGCUGUUUGAUCCCGGCUAUUCGCCAAAACCAGGCUUCAACCUACAGAAGCGCGGGGAUAGCUACUCUCAAUCAGGCACAGACACGCGGUCGAAUAUCCCGCGCGAGGAAGAUCAAGUCAUACGUGCACCGAGAGGACCGGAUGGAAGCGGAAGAGGUGGCUUCGGCUUCGCCCGACGAGGACGCGAGCUCGGUUGAUAUUCCGUCUAUCAGCGUUCU